CUUCAAGUCAACACUGAGGGCCCGCUAGCCCAGCAGCCCGCCUGCUGGUGUCAACAUGGCGGAGAGCGAGCUGAACAUAGACAGUCUCAUUUCUCGUUUACUGGAAGUGCGAGGAUGCCGUCCAGGAAAGAUCGUACAGAUGACGGAGGCUGAAGUUCGGGGGCUCUGCAUCAAGUCCAGGGAGAUUUUUCUCAGCCAGCCGAUUCUUUUAGAACUAGAGGCUCCUCUAAAAAUCUGUGGUGAUAUCCACGGACAGUACACAGACUUGCUGAGGUUGUUUGAGUAUGGAGGCUUCCCCCCAGAGGCCAACUAUCUGUUUCUCGGCGACUAUGUGGACAGAGGGAAGCAGUCACUGGAAACAAUCUGUCUGCUACUCGCGUACAAGAUCAAGUACCCAGAAAAUUUCUUCCUCCUCAGAGGAAACCACGAGUGUGCCUCCAUCAACCGCAUCUACGGCUUCUAUGACGAGUGCAAACGUAGGUUCAACAUAAAGCUCUGGAAGACGUUCACUGACUGUUUUAACUGUCUGCCCAUUGCUGCGAUAAUUGAUGAGAAGAUCUUUUGCUGUCAUGGAGGACUUUCACCGGAUCUGCAGUCGAUGGAGCAGAUCCGACGCAUCAUGAGACCCACUGAUGUCCCAGACACGGGCUUACUGUGUGACCUGUUGUGGUCGGAUCCGGACAAAGACGUGCAGGGCUGGGGGGAGAAUGAUCGAGGGGUCUCCUUCACUUUCGGGGCUGAUGUAGUCAGCAAGUUCCUCAACCGCCACGACCUGGACCUCAUCUGUCGUGCACAUCAGGUGGUUGAAGAUGGUUAUGAGUUCUUUGCGAAGCGACAGCUGGUGACUCUGUUUUCUGCUCCCAACUACUGUGGGGAGUUUGACAACGCAGGAGGAAUGAUGAGCGUGGACGAGUCCCUCAUGUGCUCCUUCCAGAUCCUGAAGCCAUCAGAAAAAAAAGCUAAGUACCAGUAUGGAGGAGUGAAUGCAGGUCGGCCUGUCACCCCGCCUCGUACCGCUCAGGCACCGAAGAAGAGGUGAGCUGUUGGUGGACCCUGCAGCUCCUCCCUCCACCUCUCACGCCUCACACACUCCAGCCUUCUCAGUCAGCUUGUUCUUCUGUAAAUAGACAUGCUUGGAGUGUUUGCUUGUUCUCUGGGUAUUUCUAUGAACUUCAGUAGUCCAUUCAGGAUUGUUAACACCAUCCACGUGUGAAAUAACCAAGAGGCUUCUUUACAUUCAUAUUAAGAGUUUCCAUUGUAACCUUGUGAAUGUAUGCACGUUUGUGAUUUCUAUGACUACUCUGUCAGAACCACAUAUUCACAUCGCCACAUAUUUCAGACCUUGAUUCCCUCUUCUGUAUGGGAUGAAGUAUUACACACUACGUGAGGGAAUAGUUUGACAUUUCAGGAAAUUUGCUUAAUUGUAAGCCUGUCUGCCUUGUAAGUGCAGGGCAUGGAUUUAGUUUCCCAACUAAUCCUCUCUCUAGUUUACAGUCUUGGUUUAGCACUGCUGGGAACAGCUACAUAGUUAAUAAAUGGACACAAAGAUCAGAUCUUUUAACUUGAGUGAGCCAGUGUUUCCCAAAAUGUCAUUUUAUAUGUAAUAACCAUUCAGUAGACAUGACUGCUAGGAUUAUCUCAAUGACUCAAGAAUGUUUUUCUCUCCUUGGAGAUGAAUAAAAUCCAGAGAUUGUGAUGAUAUAAGUGCAAUAAUUAUUGCUAGAAAUCUUCCUAUGUACAAAUAUUUGCGGUAGCAAUUAAAAGCCUUUUUGAAUUAAAAACAUGCCAAAGUCAACUUGGUGUAUACUCCACCUUUAGUCAGGCUUUUGUUUACUCUCAAUGCUCCCCAUUACUCAAUGGUUCCAGACAUUUUUCGAACACCAACAACACAUUGUCACAUCACAAGCUGAGCAUUCAUUUAAAAACAAAUGUUCCAUUGUUUAUAGAACAAAAAAGAAAAAUGGCAAGACUGUUUGUUUUUUUUACUCUAAUGGGAAUUUGUCAAAGAUGGGAUUCAACCAAACUUUUGCUGAUCUUAAAUUUGUGACUUUGUGGAAAAUAGGUGUGUAGUAAAGUAAAGACAUCCAGUAUGUGCUAAUGAAAUACACAAGUGAAGGGUGAAGAAUAUGUUUUAUUAAGACAGCACUUUAAAGAACAUGAUCACAACUGAAAACGGUUGUAUUUCCUCUCAUAGUGACAAUGUAAAGAGUUGAAGUAGGCACUUUUGUUUUUGGUAUUCCAGUAUUAAUGUUCCCAAUAAAUGGUUAUUGAAUAAACUACAGUAAUUCAUUUCCAGUUCACCAUGUACAUUGAAAUUGGGUUAACAUUUUCUUUUAUUCUUGCCUUUUUCCUUUGUAAUUCUGUAAAUAUUUAAGUUGGUGGUACUAUGGGAGGAAGAUUUGUAUGAGGUUGUUUGAAAUGUGUGAAAUUAAAAUGCUAUUAAGCUUUUUGUUUUCUCAUCAUUUAACGGAUAUAAACACUGAGACUCAGUCUCGGACAGUGGAAAAAGUGAUUUCAUAUGCGUGAAGAUGUCUACAUUU